CAAAUGUCAUUCAUUCCUGUCAAAUACUCGCGUACGAGAACACGUCUUUCAUUCGUUUUGUGCGAUCAAUGAAUUAUUGUUUUUGUUGUGAACGUAUGACGAAAUUAUAAUUUUAUUACACACGUUAUCGUCCUACCUUGCUAUAUAUUUAUUUUAAAGUUACAAGGAAAGACACUAUGUUGCAAUAAAACACGAAAGGUGUGGUGAAAUAAGUGUGAUAAAGCCUUUUCUGGGCUCGCAAAUUGUAUCAUUUGGCAAGGUCGAGACGAAAAUCUGGAAUAUACCGUGUGGACCGAUGCGUACCCCCAUCACUUCAAGUUACAAGUGCUUUAAAAGUAUUUUGUGAUAGUUCGUAACAAAAGUUGUUCAAGAUGGGUUCGACGGGUCUUACUUUGGCAGAUUUGCCAAAUAUUUUCAUAAUGAUCGGAGCUCUCGUCGCUCUGUUUGUGAUGCUGGUCAUACUCCUCAGGGGCAGGCAGAGGAGCAACAAGGGCAUCACACUCUUCGCCACGUGUAUUCCAUGCCACGCUGUGGUAGGCGAGAGCAUCAUAUCGGGCAUAAAUUCCAGACUCCUAGGUAAGGCAUCCACCAAACACACAUUGUCUUUAUCUCCGAAGGGGCAGGCAGAGGAGCAACAAGUGCACCACGCUUUUUGCCACGUGUAUUCCAUGCCACAUUGUGAUAGGGAUAGCAUCAUAUCGGGCAUAAAUUCCAGACUCCUGGCUUAGACUAGGCAGUAAACCCAUUAUUAU